GGGAUAUUAAAUAUACGACACAUCCAGGAGUUUAUUGGAGCGCAGACUGAUGGCGCAAAGGUACGAUGAGCUGCCCCAUUACGGCGGGAUGGACGGAGUAGGGGUGCCUGCUUCCAUGUACGGAGACCCUCACGCGCCGCGGCCGAUCCCUCCGGUUCACCACCUGAACCACGGGCCGCCGCUUCACGCCACGCAGCACUACGGCGCUCACGCCCCGCACCCCAAUGUCAUGCCGGCCAGUAUGGGAUCCGCUGUCAACGACGCCUUGAAGCGGGACAAGGACGCGAUCUAUGGGCACCCGUUGUUUCCUCUGUUAGCUCUGGUCUUUGAGAAGUGCGAGCUGGCGACCUGCACUCCGCGGGAACCCGGAGUGGCCGGCGGAGACGUCUGCUCCUCCGACUCUUUCAACGAGGACAUCGCGGUCUUCGCCAAGCAGGUUCGCGCCGAAAAGCCACUUUUUUCCUCAAAUCCAGAGCUGGACAAUUUGAUGAUACAAGCAAUACAAGUACUAAGGUUUCACCUUUUGGAGUUAGAAAAGGUCCAUGAACUGUGUGAUAACUUCUGCCACCGGUACAUUAGCUGUUUGAAGGGGAAGAUGCCUAUAGACCUCGUCAUUGAUGAAAGAGACGGCAGCUCCAAGUCGGAUCACGAAGAACUUUCAGGCUCCUCCACAAAUCUCGCUGACCAUAAUCCUGCAUCUUGGCGAGACCACGACGAUGCAACUUCCACCCAUUCAGCAGGCACCCCGGGGCCCUCCAGUGGGGGCCAUGCGUCCCAGAGUGGAGACAACAGCAGUGAGCAAGGGGAUGGUUUAGACAACAGUGUAGCUUCACCUGGCACAGGUGACGAUGAUGAUCCAGACAAGGACAAAAAACGUCAGAAGAAAAGAGGCAUUUUCCCCAAAGUAGCAACAAAUAUCAUGAGAGCAUGGCUCUUCCAGCAUCUCACACAUCCGUACCCUUCCGAAGAGCAGAAGAAACAGUUAGCUCAAGACACAGGACUUACAAUUCUCCAAGUAAACAACUGGUUUAUUAAUGCCAGAAGAAGAAUAGUACAGCCCAUGAUUGACCAGUCAAAUCGAGCAGUGAGCCAAGGAGCAGCGUAUAGUCCAGAGGGUCAGCCCAUGGGGAGCUUUGUGUUGGAUGGUCAGCAACACAUGGGAAUCCGGCCUGCAGGACCUAUGAGUGGAAUGGGCAUGAAUAUGGGCAUGGAUGGGCAAUGGCACUACAUGUAACCUUCACCAUGUAAAGCAAUCGCAAAGCCGGGGGAAGUUUGCAGAGCAUGCCAGGGGAGUACGUUUCUCAGGGUGGUCC